GCGGAAUCCAGGCGGGCCAUGGCGGAUGUCCCCGGGGCACAGCGAGCGGUUCCCGGUGGCGGCCCAGAGCCCCGGGACCCCCUGGACUGUUGGGCCUGCGCUGUGCUUGUAACAGCCCAGAAUCUGCUGGUGGCUGCCUUCAAUCUUCUCCUGCUGGCGCUGGUGCUGGGGACCAUCUUGCUACCCGCUGUCACCAUGCUGGGCUUCGGCUUCCUCUGCCAUUCUCAGUUCCUGCGCUCCCAGGCACCCCCUUGCACCGCGCACCUGCGGGACCCCGGUUUCACGGCCCUUCUGGUCACCGGAUUCCUGCUCCUCGUGCCGCUGCUCGUGCUUGCUCUGGCCAGCUACCGCCGCCUCUGCCUGCGCCUCCGCCUAGCCGAUUGCCUGGUGCCCUACAGCCGAGCCCUUUAUCGGCGUCGGCGCGCGCCGCAUCCGCGGCAAACCCGGGCCUCACCAGGGUCCCAGGCCGUUCCUACAUCAGGAAAGGUCUGGGUCUAAUGACCCUCGAGUCAAGAACAACCCUGACGGCUGCCCUCCUUCUUACUCGGCCCAAGGACUUGAAGCCCGGCAUCUUCCGACCUGCCCUGCCCCCACCCCUGCCUGAGCGGAGUCCUAGCAUCCCCUUGGGAGCAGCAGCGUCAGUGGACCCAAUGCUGAGGAAAGCCCCCACAUCCCGGAAAACCCACUUUCCUUUCACUACCCACAUCUCAAUCCUGAACAUCUGGGCUGGAACCUGCACACCUUCCCCUCAGCCCCGUCGUGAAUGGGACAACAAUCUCGUGCCCUCCUUUUAAGGUGCAGCUCCUCCAGUAUUUCCGGGGCUGGGGGGCGGGGCUGGAGGGGAAGGAGUGUCCACGCAUCAAUAAAGAUUUAAC